UAUCAUCAAUCAUAAGCACAAUCAAACAAAUGACAAUCACUUCAUCAAAAUACUUAAAAGCUCGUAAUACUUGAAAGAACAUGUAAAGCAUAGAAUUUACCCACUUUACACUCACCUUACUUCCGUCGGAACUGGGUCUGAUUUUGCUCCAAAGUUUCCAUACUCGCUUCCAAAACAUUAUCCUUAUUAUUGUAAUGUCCGCAGUCCAUGCAAUCUUCCAUGAUUAAGCAUGCAGCUCUCGGGUGUGGAAGCAUUUGGGACAUCCACACUUCAUCCAUCCAAGGCAGGGCGGAGAUGGCAAUACCAACGAGACGAUUAAGCAGCUCUCGUAGUGGAGGGAAAAAGCAGCCCGAUGAUGAUUCUCCCAAUACAUAUAAGCAAGCAGCUCUCGUAGUGGAGGGAAAAAGCAGCUCGAUGAUGAUGCUCUCAAUACAUCAGUCCUCCAUCGCAAGCUCAUGCCUGCUUCCCCUCAUCCAUACAAGGCAGAGCGGAGACGGCAAUAACAACGAGACGAGCUUGCUUAAGCAAGCAGCUCUCCUAGUGGAGAGAAAAAGCAGCCUGAUAGACCAUUGAUUGCACAUGUUUUUACCCCUAUUCUUGAGCCAUUUGAGAUGUUGAUUCUCGUGUUUUAAGCCGAUUUCACGCUAGGUUGUGUGUUUAUGUCAUAUUUCAGGGCUUGGCGUUGACAUCGAGGCAAAGAAACGAGUUUCGGGUCGAAAGGAGGACGUUUGAGUUGAAGUGUGUUGGAGGAGCAAAAUACCCAGCCAUUAGCAAAAAUACCCGGCUGGGUAUUAAUCUGAGGAGGCCGGGGAAAAUCACUUUUGGACGUUUGAGAAAUAGAAGGGGGCUCGGGCGUUGAACAUAAAUCCCCGAUCGGGUAUUCUUGACCUCGAACGGGGAUUAAUCCCCUGUCCAAAGCGGUGCAUUUCAACAAUCCCCGGCCGCCACCUAAAAUACCCGACCGGGGAUCGCAAAUGACAACUUCUUAAGGGAAAAGAAGGGCAAAGUUGAAGGGUUUCGAGUUUUAGAGAGACAAAGCGUAUACCUAGAGAGAGAAAGUGAAGAACAUGAUUCAUCAAGCGCCUUAGAUCGAUCUUCAUCACCAUUGGAGCCCGGCUUGAGCUUGGAGAAGUGCUGAUUGAUUGCCACAAGCAGAAUCUCAUCCUUCACAGUAUGGUUUCCGCGUCUGAGCUAGAUUUCCCGUCUCUCUCUAUGGAGUAACUUUCUCAUUCACCUGGGUAUGAAGAAUCCUAGAUUUAGAUGUUAAGUCUAAUUUUAUGAACCCAAGUAUGAAUCCAUUGGUUUGAUUAUAUUCAAUUGAGUUUUGAUUUGUUGAAUGGCAUGAAUUCUGAUCAAAUUCCUGUUGUUUCUGCUUUGACCAAGAAAGAGAAUAUCUACCUAGGUUGAUAAAGCACCCUUGAUUGAAGGUAGUGAAUUGACGACUUUAGUCGAGGAGUCAAUCCACUGUCUUGUACCGGAGUUUCUUCGGUAGUGGAGGUUUGGUUCGUUAGGGCCUCAAUGUGUUUACUCCGGUGGAGGUUAGUCGCCCGCUGGGGACUCAGAUUGAGAGGGCCUGGAGACCUUUAGUCAAGAAUGCAGACUACAUAAGAACCUCCCACAGUAUAACUAUUUUUGAAUUCAAACUUGGUAAAUUACAAUCUGGCUUAACUGCAGUCUAGGGGGAACCAUAUCUGAGUGACCUCUCUCAACUUGAAAACAACCUUUUACUGCUUUGCUUGUUUGGACCUUCACUACACUUCCACUGCUAAAUAAUAAGAAUUCACAGAGUAGUCAUCACACUUAGGACCCGGGUUGACAUUAAAACCCAAACCCGCUAUACUACGCUCUAGUAGGUGGUUACAUUUGGCCAUUUUCUAGAGUGACGGUAGAAGCGAGUCACAGCCCAAUGUUGAUGCUCUCAAUCCAUCAGUCCUCCAUCGCCAGCUCAUGCCUGCUUCCCCUGGUCCUUCCCCGUCCGCCUGGGCAUGACCAGUUACCCGCCAAAGCAAGCAAGCUGCUCUCAUAGUAGCAUUGUACUGUCUUUGCCAGCGGAUCUGUUGAUGUCGCCGCUGUUGCUUUGAUUUGGGUCUCUCCCUCCUUUUGGACGAUGUCGCCGCUUUGCUUUGUUUCUUUCCCGAGAGCAAGUUUCUUUCGGUGAGGGAGUAAAUGGCUGCGAGGGUUUAGCUAUUGGGGUAAGGCCAAGUGGGGUAGAGUAAGGGUCUAGGGUUUAAUUAGUUAGAGGAUAUUUUGGGAAUCACAAUUACGUGUGAGUUUAAUCUGAAACUCAAUUAACGUCAGUAACUUCC